GUUGUGUCAAUCCUCCCCCCUCAUCUUCUCAACCAAGCGCUCCAUUAUGGCUCCGACGGCUACGAAUGGCGAUAUUGCCAUGGGAGGUCUUGAGGAGAUCAAGGCUCCUCAGGGUGUUGUGCUUCCACCAAAAGAAAUCAAAGGUACGUCGCAACUGUCGCAGCCGGCCUUUUCCCAUGGGCCAUGGCCUCAUGAACAUCAGCUAAUUUUAUACAGCUAUAUUGGAAAAAACCGCAGGCUAUGUAGCGCGAAAUGGAAUAGUAUUCGAAGGUUUAAACGCACAUUUUCCUCGAAGAUAUAUCAGCUAACGUAUGUAGAUCGUAUCCGCGAGAAAGAAAAACACAACCCCAAAUUCUCCUUUCUUAGCCCGAACGAUUCCUAUAAUGCAUACUAUUUAUGGCGACUCAGCGAGAUCAAGGAAGGGAGAGGAACAGCUGUGGCGGCUGGUCGAGCAGGAGAGGUUGAGGCGGAGGCAGAGAAGCCAAAAGGCCCACCUGAGCCUCCAGAGUUCCAUUUCUCUGCACGAAUGCCAAAUAUCAGCGCGCAGGAUCUGGAAGUCGUUCGCUUGACGGCACUGUUUGUGGCGAAGAAUGGACGGCAGUUUAUGACAGCCCUCUCACAGAGAGAGACGGGUAAUUAUCAAUUCGACUUUCUACGACCGAAUCACAGUCUGCACAAUUUCUUCCAAAGGUUGAUCGACCAGUAUACAGCUUUACUACGCGCUGGUGGCAUAGACGGGGAAGGAGGGAAAGCACAGCAGGAGAGGAUAAAAGAAUUACAGGCCAAUGUGGAUGAUAAAUAUAACUGCCUGGCUAGGGCGAAGCAGCGCGCCGAGUGGUUUAAAUUUCAAGAUGAGCAAAAGCAAAAGAAGGAGGAGGAAGCAGAGAAGGAGAAGUUGUCAUAUGCACAAAUCGAUUGGCAUGACUUUGUGGUCGUGGAGACGGUUCUGUUCACGGAAGCUGAUGAUCAGACAAAUCUUCCACCUCCUACGUCGUUGUCGGAAUUGCAAUUCGCUUCUUUAGACCAGAAGGCUAUGAUGUCGAUCAAUUCUCACAAUAUGAGAAUUGAAGAAGCUAUGCCAGAAGACACAGAUUACUAUGGAUCAUAUCCUCAACAGCCACAGCAAAUGGCACCUCCUCCAGUUCCAGCACCGCAACCGGCCUACCAGAAUUCGCGUGGGAGAAAUGUCGAAGAAGAGGAGGAAGAGGAGCGAAUACGGGAACGCGCUGAAGCCCGAAAACGUACUCAGGCCGCACAGGCAGAAGCAAAAGGGGGUGCAGCUCCUAUGAAGAUCAAGGAGAAUUACGUGCCGAGAGCGCAAGCCCGUGCCGCCAACAAGCAGAAUAUGGUCAUUUGUCCAAAUUGCAAACAACAAAUGCCAGCCAACGAGCUGGAUGAACAUAUGCGAAGUAAGAUGUCUAUCUCUAAAAUGAUACGAAUGGAUUGGCUAACAUCCCUGCCCUAUAGUUGAACUUCUUGACCCUCGUUGGAAAGAGCAAAAGGCGAAAGCCGACUCGCGUUACGCGACAACCAACUUAUCUACCCAGGAUGUGGCUAACAAUCUUAAGCGAUUGGCAUCUCAACGUUCUGAUCUAUUUGAUGGUGUCACCGGACAGUACGUAUCCGAAGAAGAGCUUGCGAGGAGAAAGAAAGCUGCUACAGGAUAUGAUGGUACUCCGGUAGAGAAGGGCGACCGAAGAUUGGAUAUGAUGCAAAACGUUAAUGUGGAGGAACAAAUCAGGGCCAUUCAUCAGAAAUUCGGGGAUAAGAAAUGAGGAGCCUUGGCCAACAGCUUCUCACAAUGAUGUUUGUACAUCUUGGGAUGCUUUGCUGCGUUGGGU